AUGGCCAAUCAUUUCUUCCUUAAUGGAGAAAUCCUAUAUAGGAGAACUUCAGAUUUAGGAUUGUUGAGGUAUGUCGAUGUCGCAGAAGCGACAAGGAUUUUGGAAGAAAUACAUGCAGGAACAUGUGGACCUCACAUGAAUGGGUUCACUUUGGCAAAGAAGAUUUUAAGAGCUGGAUAUUUUUGGAUGACCAUGGAGAGAGACAUCAUUCGGUAUGUGCAAAAGUGUCAUCAAUGUCAAGUGCAUGGAUAUUUUAUAUGGGUUCCACCGAAUGAGCUCAAUGUGAUGGGUUCCCCUUGGCCAUUUGCCGCUUGGGGCAUGGAUGUUAUUGGACCCAUAGAGCCUCCCGCAUCAAAUGCACAUCGUUUCAUUCUGGUGGCUAUUGAUUAUUUCACAAAAUGGGUUGAAGAUUCGACAUACAAGGCAGUGACAAAGAAGGUGGUAGCAGACUUUGUUCGCAACAAUCUAGUAGUAAUACCUGCCGAGGUAGAAAUACCAUCUUUAAGGAUUAUCCAAGAGGUUGGUUUGGACUAUGCAGAAUGGAUACGUAGCAAGCAUGAACAACUGAUGCUCAUCGAUGAAAAAAGGAUGGACGCGGUUUGUCAUGGACAACUCUAUCAGAACAGAAUGACCAAAGCAUUCAACAAGAAAGUCAAACCUCGACAGUUCACACUGGGGCAAUUAGUAUUGAAGAAGAUCUUUUCUCACCAAGAAGAAGUCAAAGGGAAAUUUGCACCAAAUUGGCCCCUACAUGGUUCAUAG